CGGGAAUAUAACAAUUUAAUAAUUUAGGUUAGAAUUUAUAUUUAAAAUAAUGUACGGAGAAAAAGCUUAUACCCUUAUCAAAGAAUUAUCGCGAAACGAGGAUAAUUUACCUCCAUAUAAUACGGAGUUAGUAAAAGAUAUUUCGACUGAAAUCCAACAACUGGUAGAGGAAAACAAUCAAGAUGCUCAACACUCAACAGAUGAAAAUGCUGAAACUUCAUUGUUAAGUACAAUACGAAUUCGCAAUGCUGCAGUUAAAAGAAAUGUGCGUUGUUUAAUGGCUUAUCAUUACAAUAGACUUAAAUGUCUUAGAACCAUGAGAUGGGAAUUUGGUAGUAUUUUACCGGCUGAUAUUAAAGCUAAUCUAAAUGCCGAUGAAAUUGAUUGGUUUUCAAAAUACUCCAGACUUUUGGCAAAUUAUAUGAGAUCAAUUGGUGAAGAUGGGGUCAAUUUAGCCGUCAAUUUAAAACCCCCCAAAGCAUUGUACAUUGAAGUGCAAUGUUUAGUUGAUUACGGAAAAUUUGAGCUUACUGAUGGCUCAACUCUAUUAUUAAAAAAAGAUUCACGUCAUUACUUACCAAGAAGUGAAUGUGAGGAUCUUAUUAGACAAGGAGUUUUUAAACACAUUGUAUGAUAUUCUUGUAUUUCAUCAAUAAAUUAUUUUUUUUUUCA